AUGGCUUGUGAGAGAGUUGAUAUCUCUAUUUUGGUUGUGGAUGAUGAUGAAACUUCUCUGGCCAUCGUUGCUAAUGUACUCAUCUCAUGGGAAUAUAAAGGGGCCGUGCCAAAGAAAAUUCUCGAAAUCAUGAAUGUGCCAAACUUGACAAGAGAAAAUAUUGCCAGUCACUUGCAGAAGUAUCGCAUUUUCCUGAGAAAAGUUGCAGAGAGAGGAAUAAUUGAGGGCUUAUCUGAGAGGACACUAAGGUCAAGGUUUGGAAGCAAUAUUGGGACAAAUAAUGUCAAGCCAAAAAUGUUGGGAUGCUAUGCAAACCCACCUUAUCAAGCAAACAGUUCAUUCAAUAAUGCAGGUGCUAUGUUUCCUACAUAUGGAAUGGGACAUUGCAUGACGACUUCAACAAAUGGCCUCACAAGAAGAGGUUUGAGAUAUGGUGACCAAAUGUACCAAAAUUAUGAUUCAUUGGGAACUAAGAAAUUUAGCUAUGGUCUAGGAAAUUACAACAUGGGAUCUUUGAGCACCUCUAAUCUGCCCUCGACUUGUACUUCUUAUCCUAGCAGUAACUCCUCUGUAGUUCAACUGAAUGGUGGAUCAAAAACUGUUGGGACUGGGAACAAUGAUAGUUUUGGCUUGAUUAAUGAGACUCAAAAUGCAAAUAUGGAUGUAGCAAACUUGGGGAAUGUAAAUUUUGGUUUGGUACAAAGAGGGCUUGCUUCUACUUCUGGUUCUAAUGUUGGGAAUGGUUUUAUAAGUGAGCUUCCAACAACAUUGAUGACUAAUGGAACUCGAGAAGAAAAUAUUCCAGCGAUCCCACAAUUACCUCAGCAACUAGAUGACAAUGUUGUAGAAAAUGAGCAUAAAUAUAAUGCCACUUCAAUAUGUGAGAUCAUCAGCAGCCAACUGGAAGACGAUCUUUCUGAGCUUUUCUUGAUGGUAGAUGAUAUGCAACUUCUUAAUAAUGAGACAGAAGAGAACCUUGAUGCAAGUGAAUUUUUAAAUUUUGACUUUUCUAGCUCUAGUCAGGUUGUGCAAUCAUUUGAGCAGUCUAAUAGUAGAGCUGGUGAUGAUGUCAUUGUGUUGCCAACUAAAGACACAUUAAACUUUCCAAACGAGUCUUCAACAAGCUCUGACAAAAAUUCUAAUCAGAUGCAAGGCAAUGAGGAAUCUGGGGACUGGGAACACUUUGAUAGGUUCUUAGUGGACAAUGUUUCUUCAGCAAUUAACUCAACUUCUGAGCUGGAUUGGGAUAUGGACAUCAUUGAAGCUUUGUUUGGUACCGAGAAUCAGCCAAAUUCCAAAGGCAUGAGGAGGAUGCCUCCGGCACUUUUAGGUGGUGUAUGGUGA